AUGUAUGAAGAAAGUGAACAUAGUUGGAGUGAAGUUUCCGAUAAUAAAUCUGAUUGGGAAGAACAAGAAAUUAAUACUACUAAAAGAAAUCAAGAUACAGUCAUAGAUGUAGAAGAAAGAUUAACUGAGUUAGAAGCUAAAGAAAAUGAAGAAGAUAUCGAUAAUCUUGAAUGUUUAAAUGAAAUUGCAUAUAGAGAAUGGGAACAAGAACAAGAUAUAGAUUCUAAUAGUAUGGAGAAUAGCGACGAUGAAAUCCAAGUGAAUAUUGAAGAAGUAGAAGGAAGUAGUAGAUCUGAGAUCCCUUGA